AUGGGUUCUAUUCCGAGCGAGACACUUCGAGAGGUUGACAUAUCUGUUGCUUUGGCUGCCUGCGACCUUCCUAGUGUGAAUCAACAUGUGAAGAAUAUCGCCACCCUCACCAGUCGUGUCGCCGAGGGCGAUGACAACGCACGUUUGAGUAUGCUGCAAAGCGCUCGAUUAUUGGUACACGCGUUGGAGACACCACGCGAGACCAUGAUAAAGCACUGCUGGGCACAACCGGCCGCUUUCACCGCCCUAACAUACGCCGUUGAUUCUGGCCUCUUUGCGCUCUUGGCACAGCGCAAAACGCCUCAGAAGGUAUCUGAUCUAGCUUCAAGACUAGGACAUGAUCCUGCUUUGUUGGGACGGAUAAUGAGACACCUGGGCGCCAUGCUUUAUAUCACUGAGACUGGACCUGACGAAUACAAGUCAACGAACUUUUCAGAUGCGCUCACGAUUACAAGCAUGGGCGCGGGCUACCCUUGUGUCGCCGGAGCCUGCAUGGAGUCCUUGGCCAAGUUCCACGAGUUCGCCAAGAAGACCGACUACCGCGAGCCUCACGACGUCUUGAACGGUCCUUUGCAGUACGGGUACAGCACCAAACUCGACUGCUUCAGCUGGUUCGCAGCGAACCACCCAUAUGACAUGCAGUUCGCGCAACACAUGGGCGCCUACCGCCAGGGCCGACCCAGCUGGAUGGAUAAAGGCAUCUAUCCGGUAAAGGAACGAUUGAUCGAUGGGUUUGACGAUUCUGACGGCGGCGUUCUCCUUGUUGAUGUGGGCGGCAGCUUUGGCCAUGAUGUUGACGAAUUCCGGCGGAAGCAUCCAGAGGCUCCUGGUAGGCUCGUCGUCCAGGAUCUACCGACUGUCAUCAAUCAGAUUGAGACACUCGACGAGAAGAUUGAGAGGAUGGGGCAUGACUUUUUCAACGAACAGCCGAUCAAAGGCGCCCGCGCUUACUACAUGCAUUCGGUUCUCCAUGACUGGCCGGACAUGAAAUGCGAAGAGAUUGUUGCGCGCACCACGGCUGUGAUGAAGCCUGGAUACAGCAGAUUACUGGUCCACGAGAACUGUAUUCCCGAUACUGGAGCCGACUGGCAGAACACGGGCCAGGAUAUCAUGAUGCUGACCCUGGUAAGUAGUAAGGAGCGUACACGUGUGGAGUGGCAGAGUCUUCUGGAGAAGGCUGGUCUGAGGAUACUGGGUAUCUACGGUGGCGGGAACGGCGUUGAGAGUUUAAUCGAGUGUGAGCUGGCAUAG